AUGUUUGAAAGUAGGAGGGACCCUCGAGCACAUCUCAUGCAAUACAAUGAUUAUAUGAAUAUGUUGGGAGCUCUUGCUGCUGCGAAGUGUAAGGCCUUCUCAACGAACCUUAAGGGAAGUGCAAAAGACUCGUAUUUAUCUCUACCGCAGGGUUCCAUUCAAAGCUUUUCACAAUUAGGUCAAAUGUUCUUGGGGAGGUUUCUAGUGUAUAGGACAAUAAUGAGUACUCCUAUGGGUUUAAUGUUUGUCAAGCAAAGAGAAGGAGAGAGUUUGCAGGAUUACAUCAAGCGUUUUCAUGUAGCGACAUUAAAUACAAAAAAUCUGAAAGACCAAUGGGCUAUUGAUGCUUUUAUUGUGGGAGUCUUGAAUGAGUAUGUACAGUACUCGUUCACUGGUAACAGGCCACAAAGUUUGGCAGAUUUAUAUAAGAGGGCUCACAAAUUUACUAAAGUAAAAGAGAUUAAGAAGCAGUACUUUCCAAAGGGAUUAUAG